AUGUUGAUAAAAGUCGGCCAAUCAGCGGCCCGCAGUACCGCUUACCCCAGACUCUCGGAUCGGUAUUCGGGUCGACGUCGAAGCGCCGCCGCAGACGACUUCGCGCUCUUGUUUCCAGUCAACAACGAAUGCUUUGAACAGUCGCCAGACCUCCUCACCAUCCCGCCAAACCUCUCCGACCGGGGUCUCGAUUACCCCGCCGAAAAAAGACUGGCGAGCAGGAUGAUGGUCGGCUCGACCGAAUCGCCAGACGCCUACCAUGUCCUUGAGCGGGAACAAGGUUCGUAUGGAACAGGCGAUGCUGUAUCCAUGCAAUUCCAGGCAAAAUCUCCAAGAAGGUCGUCGGGCAGCAAACAAAGCGGUGUCGCCGGCGCCCGUCACAUUACGCGGAACCGCGCCAGCUACAGUUGCCACACGUGCCGAAGGAGAAAAGUGAAAUGCGACAAGGCUCAUCCGAUUUGCGGCAAUUGCUCGAAGAAUGGAACCGAGUGUUCCUACGAUAUCGCGCCGAAAAAGGGAAGCACCGCCCAGGAGGAGGACGAAUAUACAAACCAUGGAGUUAAGCGGAGGAGGGAAGCAUCUCGCCCGGUAGAUGAGGAUGUCGACAUGUCACAAUCCCUCUUUGCCGGACGAGGAGGGGCCUCGGACGUGAGAGGUGGUUCGCAUGCGAUCGAAGCCCGACUGGACAAGCUCACCAACAUGAUUGAAAGGCUGAGCAAGGCAAACGACUCGGUUCCGAUACAGGAGAUGAGUCGGCAACUACAAAAUAUGAGCCAGGUUAUCGAACCUCAGACUUCUACCAAACCUACGACAUCUACGCCAGGUGGCACCACGACUAAGAAGACGGCCAGUUCGGGAACUACCAGUCCUCGUCGUGCGGGAGAUGCCAGUGGCGAUGAGUUUCCCAUACCUUCUGGAAAUGCCGCCGAUCCUGUUGAUCCUAUCGCAAGCUUGAAUCUUGGCCAUCUGAGUUUAGAGGAUGGCAGAUCUAGAUACGUUGGCACUACGUAUUGGGCUUAUAUAUCAGAUGAGAUCAACGAACUCAAUCAACUACUUCGAGAUCAAACAAGAACCCAUGAUGACUCUCUUCCUGAUGAGAGUUCUAACGAGGAUACCAUGACAAAUCCAAAGACUUCUCCCCGCGCCAAAAUCUCGCCCUACUCUACAUCCAACUACCAGUUCCGGCGGCGAUCAUCUCUUCGACGCGAUAAUUUCCAACGGACUAUACUCUUCCCUACCGGAGAGUCGCCGACAUCUUAUGAAAGGGUCAUUGAAUCACAUAUGCUGGAGGAUAUACCAUCCAGACGACAAAGUGAUAUUCUGUACAGGGGUUUCAUGUCUGGGGUCCACGCUAUAAGCCCAGUAUUGCAUCCGCCGACGAUUUUAAAAUCGUACCUCGCUUUCUGGGAUUGGUAUGACCGCCGUAGCCACUCGGCGGACUACUGCCCCGAUCCAUCCUUCAUUCCGUUGCUUUAUGCCAUCUGGUACGGUGGUUCCGUCACCAUAUCUCUUCGCACAAUCAAUGCGGAAUUCCCCAAUGUGCAGUCCCGUUCGGCGCUAUCGGAGAUGCUUAAUGACCAGGUAACAAUAUGGCUUGCUAAUAUUUCGUUCCCUCGAAACCCAACUCUACAUGGGCUGGUUGCGUUUUUGCUUGUCCAGACAAUCUUGUCACGGGAAGAACAGCCGCUGGCAAGCAGUCUUUUUAUUAGCAUGGCCCUCAGAGUGGCCCAAACCAUGGGUCUUCACCGAGACCCCGCCCAGUUUGGCAUCCAGUCAAGCGAUGCCGAGACUAGACGGCGAAUUUGGUGGCACAUAGUCCAUAUGGAUAGUGUGGUGGCCAUGUCUAGCGGUCUUCCACCAUUAGUCAACGACGAGAAUUUCUGGGAUGUUCGUGAAACUAGCGAAGUCAAGGACACGCUUUUGGGCACGCCUCAAGCUGAGCAGUACACGAAGUUGGUAACUAAUAAUCUGCGGCCGCGCGACAACCCUGAUGAUCCAACUAUAUGUGGCGGUAACUCUAUGGUCAAUGUUUUCUACCUCUGUGCGCGGGGAAAGUAUAUCAUGGCCCGUGCCAUAAGACGGAUUUUGAGAAUCCAGUUGGGAACAAAGGCCAUCACGGGGAGCGACAUGGAAGAACUGAGAUCAAUUUUGAUUGAACUCCAGUUCCAGUUGAAUUCGCUUGUCAAUCGCAUCCCCCUUGCUCAUCACCCAAACGCUGUUGGUCAGGACAACCACUCAGUAGCAUCCGAUCCAGCGUCGGUUUCUCCAGGAAAGCCCUUUACCGGAGACGGGUCGUCUCUACCCGCAGAUGGACCGAAUGGAUGCUUGGAACAAUACCAUACCCCUGUUCUUGUCGCAUUCCACAAAUGGGCCCGAAUACUGCUUUCUUUGUUCAUCGACAAAGCGUUUUGUGUUGCUUACCAGCCCUUUUUGAAGAAUGCCAAAAGUCGGAUCUGGCCUACGGCGCGACAAGGGGCACUCCGGCAUUGUCAUGGAUUUAUGGAAAAGUUCAUUGCACUAGCCACGGAUGCCGAUUUCCAGCCUUUUCAAUGGAGCUGGCCAGGAAACCAUCAGCCGAUGCACGCAGCUAUGAUUAUGCUUAUUGAUCUUUAUGAGCGGCCUAAUACCCCUGAGGCCUUGCGAUCACGGGCAUUCAUUGACAAGAUAUUUUCUAUUUCCGGACCUGAUGGCGGUGUUGUUGGCGGCGAAGAUGGAGUGACCACGGCACGACCGCUAAAGGACGGCGGCAAGGAGGCAUGGGACUUGAUGCGAAGACUCCGAGAAAAGGCCUGGCAAAAAGCCGGCCUCGAUCCGCAGCAAUUCUGGACAGAACAAGCGCAAAUCCGGGCUGGUGUGACCUCAGGCGCAAACACCCCCAACUCAUACACCGCGAACCGAUCAGGCUUUGUCCCGGCGCGUGGGAAACAAGACGCAUAUCUCAUGGAGUUUGCCAAUCGCUUCUAUGAAAUGACGCGAGCUCAUAGGCUACCAAAUCCGGUUGUGUCAUCGCUGCGACAGGAGUUGCCCAGGUAUUCGCAAACUAUGCCUGCAGUUACGCCCAAGCUUCAACAACAUCAGCAAUAUACCGCAUCAAACUCGCCGCCUUCUCUUGCCAUGCCAACAGUUUCACCCCAACAACAGAGCCUCGACGCCACACUCACCCUAGCCAACUUGGCAACCGAAACUGUAGGCACACCAUCUCCAAACAGCCAUCACCCACUCUUCUACCCCCAGCAGCAGCAACAACAACAACCGCCACCACCACCACCACUAAUGCAGCCUUCCCAUUCAUAUCCUACAGGCUCACCACCCAUGCCAUCCGCCAACUUCCCUAUCGACGGACCACCCCCGACUAGCCCUAACGGCAUUGCCACAGCACCAACACCGCCAUCAAUGAUGGACCCGAACCUGAACUUUGAUUGGGACCAAUGGGAUGCUGUUUUUGGUCAGUUGCUGCCUGUCGCAGAUGAGCUGAUGGAGUUGGAUCCCGUUGCCGGGUUGGAGCUGCCGGAUAUAGGGCUAGGAUUGGGGAACCAUGAUGGUACGAGCGAUAUGUGGCCGGAUCUCAAGAUGUGA